UUUUCCCCUCCAUCUUUCUUGGAAAUCUCCUCCUGUUUAUAACCCCACAUCAUUGCAACAUGAAUCUAUGCCCUUCCUCUGUUCUGUUCCCACUACAAUGGCUUUUACUGGUUUCCACAGGUACCCAUUUGUUCAUCUUGUUCUUAUUGGCCUUUUUGCUAUCACUGUGAACGCCAUUGAUAUCUUUCUUGAAUGGAACGUGGCCCUAGACUCCACAAUCCAGCCGGUGUCUCAGCUGCAGCCUGUUAUUGCCAUUAAUGGGUUGUUCCCAGGACCUUUGAUUAAUACCACAACGAAUGAUUUUGUUCAUGUGAAUGUCUUUAACAAUUUGGAUGAGCCUCUUCUUUUUACAUGGAAUGGGAUACAACAAAGGCUAAAUUCAUGGCAAGAUGGUGUUUCUGGAACAAACUGUCCUAUUUUGCCUGGUACAAACUGGACCUAUGUGUUUCAGACUAAGGAUCAAAUUGGUAGCUUCUUCUACUUUCCAUCUAUCAACUUUCAGAAGGCGGCUGGAGGAUUUGGACCGAUUCGUGUCAAUAAUCGGAAUGUGAUCGCUGUUCCGUUUGCAAAACCGGAAGAUGAGUUUGAUCUUCUCAUUGGUGAUUGGUCUUUUGAUAACUAUAAGGUAACCCGAUCCUUAAUGACCGAUCCAACAAUCGCAUUCGAUAGCAUCCCAAACAUCAUGUUGAUGAAUGGGAAGCCACCUUUUGGCAACCCACAAGGAAAAGCCUUUGAAUCAUUUACUGUCACUCAAGGGAACGUUUACCGGUUCAGGAUAUCGAACGUGGGGACGACUCUUAGUUUCAACUUCAGGAUUCAGAACCAUAGAAUGUUGUUGGUUGAGACAGAAGGAUCUUACACCAAUCAGACCAUAUUAGAUUCACUUGAUGUUCAUGUGGGGCAGUCCUAUUCUGUUCUUGUCACUGCAAAUCAGGUGGAUGCUGAUUAUUUCAUUGUAGCAUCUCCUAAGUUGCUGAAUGCCACAGAAUUUAGCAGCCUCGUCGGCGUUGGAGUGCUACACUAUUCGAAUUCCGUUGCACAACCCGUUGGCCCUCUACCGACUGGCCCCGAUCCAUUUGAUAUCAACUUCUCAAUAGAUCAAGCCAAAUCCAUUAGAUGGAACAUGACCACAGGAGCUGCAAGGCCAAAUCCACAAGGAACCUUCAAUGUAACAAAUGUGACCAUAUCACAAACGUUCAUCCUUCAAAACUCAGAGGGUGUAAUUAAGGGAUCGCCACACAUUGUUGUCAACAACGUGUCGUAUCUCACAAUCGAUACCCCGUUGAAGCUCGCCGAUCAAUUAGUUAAUGGUUCCGGGGUAUACCAACUUGAUGCAUUUCCUGUUCAAUCUGUUAAUCUUAAUGCUUCUUUUGGAGUUUCUGUUGUCACUGGAAACCACAAGGGUUGGAUAGAACUUGUCUUUAAAAACAACUUGGAGUUCAUAGAUUCUUGGCACCUAGACGGUUUCGGGUUCUACGUUGUCGGGUUCGGAGAUGGAGAUUGGACGGCUGCAUUGCGUACGACAUACAACCUAUUCGAUCCGGUCGUGAGAUCAACGGUACAGGUCUACCCCGGAGGUUGGACUGCAGUUUAUGCUUUCCUAGACAACCCAGGGAUGUGGAAUUUAAGGUCACAGCUCUUGAAAAACUGGUUUCUUGGUCAAGAACUUUACAUAAGAGUUCAUGACAAUGAUCCUAACCCAGCUAAGGAGCGCCCUCCCCCGGAAAACCUCCUUUUUUGCGGGAUUUUUAAUCAAUCUUCUUCCUUGCUGGAGCAUCGCCUCCGACCGUGAUUGUGGGUCAGCGAUUAUGAAGACUCGAUAAAGCUAAGCUAUUACUGUUCGUUUGAA